AUGUUUUCGAAAUUUCAUCGUGGGCAUUGGGAGCAAGAGCGAGCUCGCUGUCGCAUGGAGCCACCUGAGCUCACACCGCGGGAGGCUUACGGCCUUUGGACGUGGCUGCGCACAAACGCGCCGAAAGACGAGCCAUCGAACGAGAAUUGCCAUGAGCCAGCUGCGCCGCGUGACUCGCGCAAGCCGCAGCAACAGCUACUAGCAGAGCUGCUGUCUUCAAGUGGAUUCGAUGCCAUCGUGGAAAUGGCAGAGGACGUGGAUGCGAUUUCAGAGUGGCUUCCACAACGUUUCAGAACCGAAAUGAGGAUCUCCGUCUCUGAGCUAAAAGCUGUAGAGCUUCUCAAGCUUGUGAGAGACUCAAUCGGUGCUCUCGAGUCGGACAUUGACAUCUUGGAUGUCAUUGAGAAUGGGUCGGAGGAUGUCCGACAUGCGCAGAGGCUUUUUGCGGAGGUUCGUCUUGGCGGCAAGAAGGUGUGGCUUCUGCUGGAGAACACGGCAGACACUGAGGAGGACCUUUAUGGCCCUCACCACGAGCUUCUGUUGAAGGUCUCAGCUGGUGCGUUGGAUCGUCGGGUUGAGCGUUUGCAGCAACUGAUGAGUGGCUGGGGCCAAAACAAGAUUCAGGAAGGCGCCAAAUGCCUCUGCGUUCACCUCACGGUGGCGGCCGAAGCCCUGGCAUGGUGUCGAAAUCGGCUUGAUGACAUCCACGAGGAGCGUCCUCCGCGGUUGUCGCCGGGAAUUGGCGAUGGGCCCAUCCCGUUGCCGGACACGGCUUUCAGCCCAAGAGGGCGGACCUGUCGGCCCAGAAGACCAGGUCGGCAGUUUUUCCCGCUCCGGCAUCCUGCCCGCCGCUGCUUCACGCCCUCCAAAGACGAGGGCAAGAAUCAGUUCUGGCACCGCCCAGACACGCAGCCAACUCUGAGGCUUGACACCGUCAUCCGUAGACAAGACGCACGACCUUGUGACGUCGGUGCUCGUGUGCUGGAAGCGAGGAAUCAGGAGCGCGACACAACGUGUCGCUGCCGAUGGGCCGAGUUUCAGGCCGAGAGGACACAUGUGACGCCAGUCUCGAAAGAGCCACGCUUCACGAGGCCAAAAAAAGCCUUCGUCAGCUUGGCACAUGCGAAACGGCCGGCAUCCUCAGCUCGAAGAGGUGCAUUGGAAGACCGGCCCCACUCAGUCGCUCAAAUGCGCUGUUGA